UUCUGCUUCCCACUUUCGAGUGUGAAAAAGUACACAAUUUAGACUUAUUAUUUAAUUUCGAAAUUCCGUGCUAAUUUCUCCCUCUCAAAGUAUCGCCGAGAAAAUGGCUGAAGAAGAGGUAGUUACUGUUUCCGAGCCGGUAAAAGGCGAAACGGCGGCUGAAUUAUCCGAUAUCGAGUGUCGGAUUAAGGAGGCUAUGCGCUCCCGCGUCAACCACUUCAAAGAACAAUCCGACUCUUUAACAUUUGAAGGAGUAAGAAGAUUGCUAGAGAAGGAUUUAGGAUUGCAAGAAUAUGCACUAGAUGUUCAUAAGAGAUUUGUUAAGCAAUGCUUGCUGCCGUAUUUAGAUGGCUCUGGUGAGAAUAAUGCCUCCAAGGAUUCUGGAGAAACUGAUGAGAAAAUUGCUAGUCCAUUCAAAAGAGAAACAGGCGAGUCAGAUUCGCCCGAGGGAAAUGAGUCAGCGAAUGACGUAAAAGAAACUUGCUCAGAAAAUGAGGAGAAAAUGGAAGACUCUCCAGUAAUGGGACUUUUGACUGCCAAAAAAAAACCUAAAUCACAAAAUGAGGAAACUCCAGCAGUUGAUGAAGAUAAUAAAAAAGUUCCGACUGAGGCCACUGUAAAAAAGGCAUUGUGGAAGAAGGCUUCCUAUAUCAAAGCGAAUUCUGAAAAAGUUACGAUGGCUGGACUUCGUCGGCUUUUAGAAGAAGACCUUGGACUUGAGAAAUAUGCCCUGGAUUCCUUCAAGAAAUAUUUAAGCACAGAGUUGGAUAAGGUAUUACAAUCUUCUGAAGUUUCUGAACCUAAGAAGAAAAUUGUCAAAAAAAAUCUUCAAGGGAAAGCAUCUAAAAAGAUGAAGACUGAAGAUAGUUCUGGCUCAUCUGAUAGAGAAACUGAUGAUGAGGAUGAUGCCAAGCCAAAGAAGAAAACUGGUCCUAAGCAAAAGAGGCUAAAUUCUGAAGGGCCUAAAAAGAGGAAGAGAAUUGAAACAGAAACUAAAGUAACUAGCAAGAAGCUUGCCAAACAUGAGAAAACAACAACAGAGGAUAAUAGUGAUGCAGAAAACAGUGGAAAUGCCUCUGAUGAGAGCCGUUCUCAAUCUUCUACUGAAAAACCAGUAAAGAAAAAGGAGACUUCAACUCCGGCAUAUGGGAAACGUGUUGAACAUUUAAAAUCUGUAAUAAAAUCCUGUGCAAUGAGUGUGCCACCUGUAGUUUACAAGAAAGUCAAGCAGGUGCCUGAGAAUAAGCGGGAGGCCCAGCUGAUAAAGGAACUGGAGGAGAUACUUUCCAAAGAAGGAUUGUCAUCAAACCCUUCAGAAAAAGAAAUCAAGGAAGUCAGAAAGAAGAAGGAAAGAGCAAAAGAACUUGAGGGCAUUGACAUGAGUAAUAUCGUGUCAAAUUCACGUAGAAGGUCCACAACAAGUUAUGCACCACCUCCAAAGCCCAAAAUACCAGUUGAAAGUGAUAAUGAUGAUAAUAGUGAUGAGGAUGAGGAUGAGGAUAAUGACGACGAUGACGAUGAGGAAGAGGAAAACGAUGAAGAAGAUGACGGAGAUAAUGAUGGCGAUGAAGACAUUAAGAGUGAAGAACAAAAUGCAGAGAGUGGGGAGGACAGCGAUUGAAUCCUCGAUGAGCUUAUCCGGUAGUUGCUUGAUGGUAGACGCAUCAACAACAGAUUACAUGCAUGUAUCAUCAUUUUUAUUUAAUGAUAUUCAAUUCUGUUGCUUUUCUACGCUGUAUUGCAAGUGGAUGACCAUGUAGCUUCUUUUUUUUCCUUAGAAUUUUUUUUGCAGCUUUUAUUAGAUAAUUUUAUGGUAGCUGAUCUGGUGACGUGUAAAUCGUAAUGCUCUUCUUCCCUUGACUCGAAAAUUAGUUUCAAAAUAGAAACUGGUAGUUCUGUAAUUGUGUGUUAUUUUUAUAUUAAUCAAGAUUGCUUCGA